AUGAUCACUAGAAAGAGACCAACAAAUAACAUGUUUUGCGAGAAUGUAACCCUACACCAAUUUUGUAAGGUGAAAAUUUCAGAAGAAAUUUUUAAGCUAGUGGAUCAACGUUUGCUUGAGCCAUUUGUUGAAGAUCAGACAGGGAUUGUGGAAAACAAGGUUAGGAAGUGUUUGGUGAUGUUUGCUCAAAUUGGAGUUGCUUGUUCGGAAGAAUUUCUUAAUCACAUAAUGUUGAUAAAAUAUGUCAUAGGUAGGUUGAAUGAAAUCAAAUCAAAUCAAUGUUUCCAUGAUAUAAACAUCAUUCCUACUGAAAUAAGAAUAUAA